AUGGCUGUACGAGAUGAGCAGAAUCACAAUAACACACAAGUCAUUGGUGGUGAGUUGAUGGGCGUCUCGGAAAAGGCUGACAGGACAUCCACAGAGACCACCACGGCCGUAGUGGGUCGCCACGACUCUAACUGCAGUACGUAUCCGAGUGAACUCUCCGACUCUUCUGUCGAUGGAGCACAUGGGCGAAUAAGGGCUGCUGAGUCACCUGAAACGUGCCACGUAGGUCCAGGAACGGCGAGGCUGGACCGUGGUGAGCGCCGUCGUGUUGCUCAGUUGCAGGAACAGUCAUCCAUCAGCGCGGCUUGUGCGAGAAUAGAGCAACUCGAGGUCGAUGUAUCUCGGAUGCAGAAAUCAAUCAACGGCAGUAUGGAGGAUGCAACCAGACCUGAUGAUCCCUUGUCCAAAUUUGAGAAGACUAUUGUCGGUGCACUCCAGAAUGUAACAGCAACAGGUGACCAUGCAGUACAUGCUCCAUGCAUACCCGGUUCCUUGCUCUCAGUGAUCAGCGAAGUAACCGAAGAAUUGCAGGACUUCACUUACAAGCUGGCGCAGAAUCAGAUCGACCUGAUGAGCGAAAUGGUAUGCGCUACAGCUCUGAACAUGAAUAACGGCCCUUUCUCGCAGCUUCGACAAACGCUCGCUCAAGCAGUUGCAAUCGUUUCCUCCAAUGCACAGCAGCAAUUGGUCAACGGUGGAGGGUUAGCCGUUCAUAAGUAA